CAGCGCUGACGGCAACUACGAGGUGACGCUGAUGACCAAGGCGACGUUGCGCUACGACGGACAGGUGGUCUGGAAGCCGCCGGCCAUCUACAAGUCCUCCUGCGAGAUCGACGUAGAGUGGUUCCCUUUCGACGAGCAGAGCUGCGUCAUGAAGUUCGGCAGCUGGACCUACGACGGCUUUCAGGUAGACCUAAAACACAUGGAGCAAAGGCCGGGCAGCAACAUCGUUGAUUUCGGCAUCGACCUGAAGGAGUACUACAUGAGCGUGGAGUGGGACAUACUCGAAAUACCGGCCAAGCGGAACGAAGAGCUCUAUGUUGAGACGCCCUAUCCAGAUAUUACCUUCAACCUGAUAAUGCGACGGAAGACUCUGUUCUACACGGUGAACCUCAUCAUCCCCUGCGUGGGCAUCAGCUUCCUCACGGUGCUGGUGUUCUACCUGCCGUCCGACUCGGGCGAGAAGGUCACCCUGUGCAUCUCGAUCCUGCUGUCGCUGACUGUGUUCUUCCUGCUAUUGGCUGAGAUCAUCCCUCCGACGUCUCUGGCGGUGCCGCUGCUCGGCAAGUACCUGCUCUUCACCAUGGUGCUGGUGACCUUCUCAAUCCUGGUCACAGUUGGCGUUCUCAACGUACACUUCCGUUCGCCGGCCACCCACAAGAUGUCGCCCUGGGUGCGGCGGCUCUUCCUCACCAUGAUGCCGGGUAUGCUGAUGAUGCGCCGGCCCGCCUACGGUCCUCGCAGGCCGAUGGACCCCCACGCUCACCUCUACACGAACCCGAACGGCGUCAAAAACGACCUCUACACAAGGUACGAUUUGCAGUCGCCGAGCGCGACCAACGGCUCCUCUACAACACGUACCGGACUGGUCACUUCUCAGCUGGGGUCGCUGCAGCACGACAGCACCGAGCCAGCCUCCGAGGAGCACCGCUACUCCCCCGAGAUUCGGCGCGCCCUGGAUAGUGUGCGGUACAUCGCCCGGCACAUCAAAAACGAGGACGACACCAAUGAGAUUGCGCAGGACUGGAAGUACAUGGCCAUGGUGCUCGAUCGACUGUUCCUCUGGCUCUUCAUGGUGGCGUGCGUCCUCGGCGCCGUGGCCAUCAUAUUCCAGGCGCCCUCGCUCUACGACAAACGCGAGUCUAUCGACACCCAGUUCUCCAGCAUCAAGGUGCUGUCUAGCGACCACGAGUACCAACGCUGAGAGCCGUUGGAGGGAGGGGCGACUGGCGAGGACCUGCUCCUCGGGGGUAGCGCUGUGGAGAUCUGUGGGGGCCCGGUAUAGAGGGAUGGACAAGGCAUGCUUUGAAAGAGAGAUAAGCCUCUCGGAUGUGGGAACGACUUAGAGGCAAGGAUGGAUGCACAGACUCGAAUGUAAGGGUGGAAUCAUGUUGGGUGCCAAGUGAGAUUCAAGGUAAAGAGCGUUAGUUAUGAAAGUGUGAUAAACAUAGUUGUUACUUGGUAUGACAAAUUUGAAGAGUAUUCAUUAGCCUAUAUCGAAUUUUAUGAAAGUGGUUUGUGAGACUGGGAUUAAUGAAAUUGAUCUCUGGGAGCUCCUUAAUUUUGAAGUUGUUCCAUAGGGCACUGGUCUUAUGAGGAUGUCUUGAUUGACAGUAGUUAUGGUAUUGCCAUUUAUCAUAUUUGUUGACAAUGAUUGAACGAAUUGUUCUGGUUAUCGUUGAUAUUUGCUAGUGAGGGUCACUGUUAAAUUGAUGUCAGUAGUGGCGUCGCGGGAAUAUGAGCGCAUAUUUGUGAACGCGUAUGUGCACGACAGAGGUUGGGGAAGCUAUGCUGACAAUAUCGGAAUCACGGGGGCUUAUUCGCUACCUACAACAUUUAGCGAUGGCAGGCAGAUAAUCCGGUGUUCGAAUAAAACGUCUACAAUCUGUGAGCUUUGGAACUAAGGCUCGCGCUGCUGGCAUUGACAACAGGAAUUGAUUAGCCUGCUGAUGCUAAUUAGGAGUUUUAUUUUAAAUGCAUGUGCAGAUUACUGGAUUGAAAAUGGGGAAGAACAAUGAACGUGAAAUGAGAGUUUGCUCUCUUCCCAAGAUGCUGGCUGAAUGAUAAUUCGAGUUGACUUUUAGAGAUAAGUACGCUGGCCAACGUAAGUUAGGUUCACGUUACACGAGCCAAAGCGCGUGCAUCGUUGUGUGGUUCGUGGCUGAGGAAACUUGUGAGGUCAAAAGAAAUUGCCUUCAUGUUAGACGUGUUGAACAGGAGAUGAAGCAAUAAAAUAGCAAUGGCCAGAUGGGUGCCAAGUUUGAUAGGGUUUUUGAAUGAUAGCUAACAAUUAUAACGUGAGUUGUACAUUUUUAGAGUUUACAAAUAUAUACAGAAUGAGCUUUACUGUUACCCUAGUCUAUCGUGGUUAGUUAGCUCCUGAAUGAAGCGGUUGGAGUAUUAGUUGUGCACUCUGCAGUGUCUGUCUUUGGUGCCACUCGAUUGAUCUCUGUAGUGCAGUGUUUACUGUUAUGCAUUUUAUGUCACAAGAUAGAUAUCUGUAGUUAGCUUUCAUGAUCGUAAGCGAUGGCAAAUGAUUUGUUGAAGUGUUUCAUCAAUAAAAAUAACUAGUU